AUGUUUAGUAACGAUAAGAAGCCGAGUGGUGUAACCAAUUGGUUCUUCUCACUUAGACGACAACCAAAGAAACAGAAAUCAUUAGAUAGUAGUAAACUUUUACAAAAGAGCUGUGUCGAUUUAUCAAAUGCUGGCGUAACAGGAGGAUCGUCUGAACAAGACUUACUAUUCCGCACAAAGCCUUCCAAAUUGAAAUUAAAUAACAAUAGUAGCAAUAAUAAUAAUAAUAACAUUGAUGAUGGUUUAUCAUCAACUAGCAAUUCAUGUACAAAUUGUUGUUGUAAAUUUUCAUCAAAAACCUCAUCGCCGUCAUUUGGUGUGUCGCCGAUAGACGAUAUAGAGCAAUGUGAUCAAAUGCGUAGAGUAUUAAUAACAAAUGAGGAGAAUUAUAGUGCAAUAGAAUGUCAAGAUGAUGACUAUGAUGAUGUAGAGACGACUGAAAGACUAAAGAGGCACCACCAGCAACUGAAACAGCAGCAACAGAAAUUCACAAAUAAUUUUAGUAAUAACAUUUUAUUAUACAAUAAGAAAGAAGAAUUUAGUCGGACGACACGUACAGUAACAACUCGUGUCAUCACCAAAGCAACAAUUAGUGGGAAUGAUUCAAAUACAAUUGUUACAACACCAUCAACAGUAAGCAGUACCAGUAGUAGUAGUAAUGGACGACUCAAUAAUAAUAGUAAUAUGCAUCAUCGGAUAGGCUUAGUAUUUAAUGAAAAUGGUCAAUUAAUCAAUCGACGACAAUUAUUGAAUGCUAAAAAUCGUGAUGGUCUGAUAUUCGAUGAAUGUGGACGACUACUGUAUACGGAUAAUGAUGAAACAUCCUCAUCCUUAACACCAAUAUCAGUUUUAGAUGAUAGUACAAUUGAGUUUAUAGAUAGCGCCUCACAAAACAGUGAUAUACAAAAUCGUGCAAAUCUGCAGAACAAGUGCAGUUGCAAUGGAAGCAAAUUGACAUUAAGUAGCAGUAUCAUGUCAAGUUGUAAAUCGGAAUGGGAUUGUAACAAUAAGCAGCAAAUUAAGGAUGAACUUAGUGAAGUUGUACAAGAAAUGGAAUCACAUGAAUCAGAGAGUAAGCAUUCCAGCAAAGAGAAGCAAAUGUCAAUAGGUCGCAAAAAGUUUAAUAUGGAUCCGAAAAAAGGCAUUGAAUAUCUAUACGAGAAUCAUCUGCUCAAACACGAUCCACAAGAUGUGGCGCAGUUCCUAUACAAAGGCGAAGGAUUAAAUAAAACAGCAAUUGGUGACUAUCUUGGCGAGAAGAAUCCAUUCAAUGAGAAAGUUUUAAAAGCUUUUGUUGAGCUUCACGACUUCACGAAUCUCAUUCUAGUGCAAGCUUUAAGACAGUUUUUGUGGUCGUUUCGAUUGCCAGGAGAGGCGCAGAAGAUUGAUAGGAUGAUGGAAUGCUUUGCACAGCGCUACUGUCAAUUAAACCCCGACAUUUUUACAAAUGCUGAUACAUGUUACGUAUUGAGUUUUGCCAUCAUUAUGUUAAAUACAUCGCUACAUAAUCCAUCCGUUAAGGAUAAGCCUACUGUUGAGCAAUUCAUUUCAAUGAAUCGAGGCAUCAAUAAUGGCGGUGAUUUGCCUCGUGAACUUUUAGAAUCACUUUAUGAAUCAAUAAGAACUGAACCAUUCAAAAUUCCACAAGAUGAUGGAAAUGAUCUGAUGCAUACAUUCUUCAAUCCUGAUAAGGAAGGUUGGCUUUGGAAGCAAGGCGGUCGUUAUAAAAGUUGGAAAAGACGUUGGUUCAUCCUCAACGAUAAUUGUCUUUAUUACUUUGAAUUUACAACAGAUAAAGAACCGAGAGGUAUCAUACCAUUAGAAAAUAUCAUGGUUCGUGAGUGCAAGGCCAACGAUAAAAGUAAGCAACAUUGCUUCGAGCUUUAUGCCACCGGUGGUGCUGAAAUCAUUAAAGCAUGUAAAACGGAUUCAGAGGGGAAGGUUGUUGAAGGUAAGCACAAUGUUUAUCGAAUGUCAGCAGCAACAGAAGAGGAGAAGAACGAAUGGAUAAGACUACUCAAGCACUCAAUAGCCCAUAAUCCAUUUUAUGAUAUUUUGGUACAAAGGAAGAAAAAGGCAUUAAUCAAGAGUUAG